AUGGAUGUCAGCCCGUGGCGAAGUCUGCCAAUAAAGACCCUUUUUUUCGGGCUCGACACAAUACCAGCAACCAUCCGAGCGCUAAGAGAAAACAGAAUCAUCGCAAGAACACCAGAGUUUUAUCGCCGCUUUGGCAAUACACACAAAGUCAUCGGAAUAGUUUCGAAGCAGAUAACGACUAUUGAGCCAGAAAAUAUCAAGACAGUCCUAUCGCUUAACUUCAAGGAUUAUCGUCUCGGUUUCCGUCUUCCUUCCUUCAAACCUCUUCUGGGAGAAGGUAUCUUCGACACAGAUGGCGAUCAAUGGGCCUCAUCGCGUGCUCUAAUUCGACCCAGUUUCACUCGCGAUCAGGUAGCGGACUUGACGAUCCUUGAGGAUUUGAUUCAAGAUUUAUUCGCAUUAUUGCCCCGCGACGGGAAAACCGUCGAUUUGCAGAAACUAUUCUUCCAAUACACGAUUGAUUCCGCGACGGAAUUUCUAUUCGGCCAGUCAGUUGGGACGUUAAAGAAGUCACAGUCGGAGUCAGACCGUGGAUUUGCAGAAGCAUUUUAUAAUGCUCAGGAGGCCAUCUUAACGCGUGGCAUUCCAUUCCCACUUAAGCUAUUCUUCUCCCACGACGAGGCCAAGGCAGAGAAAUACAACCAAAUCUGCCGAAAAUUCGUCCAGCAAUUUGUCGACAAAGCCUUCCAAGCCGUCGAGCUUAAAAAGCCCGAGACUGAAAAAUCGGAUUCAGAUAUAAAGCGGCCAAGGCACAUUUUCUCCCAUGAGCUCGCUGCACGAACGACCGACAGGACUCGCGUUCUUGACGAGUUGAUGAAUGUCCUUCUCGCUGGUCGUGAUACUACUGCCAGUCUGCUAAGUAAUUUAUUCUUCGUACUGGCCAAGGACCCAGCUAUCUGGGCGAAGUUACGCAGAGAAGUCGCCUUUUUGGAAGGUCGACCACCAACAUACUCAGAAUUGAACAACAUGAAAUAUGUCCAAUGCUGCAUGAAUGAAUCACUCCGUUUACACCCAGUCGUACCACGCAACAACCGCGAGGCAAUUCGCAACACCGUCCUACCCCUCGGCGGAGGACAAGAUGGCCUCUCACCAGUCUUUGUACCAAAAGGCACAUUUGUAUCAUACAAUGUAUACGCAAUGCACCGACGAACAGACAUCUACGGACCAGACGCAGAAGUAUUCCGCCCAGAGCGCUGGGAAGAUGGAAAACUGCAACCACGCUGGGGAUACUUGCCAUUCAACGGCGGACCACGAAUUUGCAUCGGCCAAAGAUAUGCAUUGACCGAAGUCGGAUACGUUCUUGUUCGCAUGGCGCAGAAAUUCCGCGUGCUGGAGAGUCGGGAUCCUGGGCCUUGGGAGGAGUCGAGAGGGUUGACUGUGACAUCCAAGAAUGGAACGAAGGUUGGUCUUACGGCUGAUUGA